AUGGCGGGCGGGGCCCGGGAAGUGCUCACGCUGCAGUUGGGACAUUUUGCGGGUUUCGUGGGAGCGCACUGGUGGAACCAGCAGGAUGCUGAGCUGGGCCGAGCGACCGAUGCCAAGGAGCCGCCGGGAGAGCUGUGCCCCGACGUCCUGUACCGGACGGGCCGGACGCUGCAUGGCCAAGAGACUUACACGCCGCGACUCAUCCUCAUGGAUCUGAAGGGUAGUCUGAACUCCCUAAAAGAGGAAGGUGGACUGUACAGGGACAAACAGCUAGAUGCUACUAUAGCAUGGCAGGGGAAACUCACCACACACAAAGAGGAACUCUAUCCCAAGAACCCUUAUCUCCAGGACCUUCUGAGUGCAGAGGGAGUGCUGAGUAGUGAUGGUGUCUGUAGGGUCAAAUCCAUUCCCAAUGGCAAAGGUCCCCCACCACUCACCAACGCUACAACUCCAAAACCAUUUAUCCCCAUGGAGGGCAGCAUCAGAGUCUGGUCAGAUUUCCUCAAAGUCCAUCUUCAUCCCCGGAGUAUCUGUAUGAUUCAGAAAUACAACCAUGAUGGGGAUACAGGUCGUCUGGAGGCUUUUGGCCAAGGAGAGAGUGUCCUCAAGGAACCCAAAUACCUAGAAGAGCUGGAGGACAGACUGCACUUCUAUGUGGAGGAGUGCGACUACUUGCAGGGCUUCCAGAUCCUAUGUGACCUGCAUGAUGGCUUCUCUGGGGUUGGCACUAAGACUGCAGAGUUGCUACAUGACGAGUAUUCAGGACGGGGAAUAAUAACCUGGGGCCUGCUCCCUGGUCCCUACAAUCUUACGGAGCCCCAGAAAAACAUCUAUCGUCUGUUAAACACAGCUUUCGGUCUGGUGCACCUGACUGCUUACAGCUCUCUCGUCUGCCCCUUAUCCUUGGGUGGGAGCCUGGGCCUGCGACCCGAGCCACCCGUCAACUUCCCUUACCUGCAUUAUGAUGCCACUCUGCCCUUCCACUGCAGUGCCAUCCUGGCUACAGCCCUGGAUACAGUCACUGUUCCUUAUCGCCUACGUUCCUCUCCAGUUUCCAUGGUUCAUCUGGCUGAUAUGCUGAGCAUCUCUGGGAAAAAGGUGGUGACUGCAGGAGCAACCAUCCCCUUCCCCUUGGUUCCAGGCCAGUCCCUUCCUGAUACCCUGAUGCAGCUUGGAGGAGCUACUCCAUGGACCCCACUGUCUGCAUGUGGGGACCCUUCUCGAACACGGUGCUUUGCCCAAUCAGUGGUACUGAGGGGGAUAGACAGAGCACACCACACCAGCCACAGAUUAAAGGUGCUUCUGAUUUUUUUCUGGCAGUCAGCUCACCCCAGGGACACCUCUGCCCUCUCCCCUCCAUGCCUGUACCACUGGAGAAGAAGUCUUAGCAAAGUAUCUACAACAGCAACAGCCAAGAGUCAUGAGUUCUUCCCAUCUGCUGCUGACUCCCUGCAAGGUGGCUCCUCCUUACCCCCACCUCUUCUCAAACUUCAGCCAGCAAGGUGUGGUUCUGGAUGGUACUCACACAGGAGCAGCAGUGGAGGGCAUCCCAGUGUUUGGGGCUCUGUGCUCCUCUUCGUCCUUGCACCAGACCCUGGGAGGCUUGGCCAAAGAGCUCACCAAACUCGACCUACGGCGCUGGACCAGCUUCAUGGAUGCUGGAGUGGAGAAGGAUGAUGUAGAGGAGUUGCUGCAGGAGCUACAUAGCCUGGCUCAGUGCUACCAGGAUGGUGACAGCCUUGUGGACUAAAGUUCCGAGGGUGGGGAUA